AUGGAAUUCACGCCCACAACUGAAGGUCCAUCAACCAAAACUUGUGGCCGUUGUUGUACAGACUUUGACAGGUCAAUCCACUUCUUGUACAUCAAGGGCAAAGAUGGAUCUGGUCACCACUGCUGUCCAGAUUGUGCUGCACACUACCAACUCAAGCGUGCCGAAGCUGGAGGAGAGCCUGGUAGAACGUUGGGCACACCAGUUGGGCUUGGAUCAAUGAUCAAUCUAGACUUCACCAAAGUAGCUUCUCGAUCGCAUGGCAUGGAUGUAAAUUCCCGGCAGGCUCUUGUUAGAGCUUCUUUGGCAGCACAACAUGGUGAACAAUCAUUCCCUAGGCAGCAUAUUGGGGUGGCUCAUGCUGCUAGCAGCAAUAUGCCUCCACCUACCAUGCCUAUGUCUGCCGGUUCCAGUGCGGGUAGUAUUUCUCAGGCUAUAGGUUACACUCCCAACCAUGCAUUCCAUGCACACCACCGCAGCAAAAUGCUAGCUUCUACAUUAGCACCUCAACAUCAAGUUAUGAUCAGGAUAGCUCUUCACCAUGUGAAAAAUGAGGGAAAGUCUGGAACAGAGUUGGUUGGGGUGAGUCUGUUACGAUAA